AUGAUCAUCCCAUUUGCAUCUGCCAUUGAUCUGACAUAUCGAAAUAUGCCAUCCUAUCGACUCUAUCAAUCAUUUUGUCAAGACGUUCUUCCAUUGCAUGGAUCAAAUAUUCGAUCACUCAGACUAGCUGGAAAUCAACAACUGUAUUUCAUUCAACCGCAACUGCAUCGGUUAACGAAUCUACAGUCUCUAACACUGAUUGGAGAAAGAUCGUAUGAUAUCAAUCAGUUCGUCAUAGAAAAACAAUUUCUCAUUGAUAUUCUGUCAACUUCGUCUUGUCUAUCAGAGUUAAUAAUCUUUCCAGCAAAACAAAACGUAUUACAUACAAUUGCAUCUCACCCAUCACCUAAUUUAUCCACAUUGACUUUACUAUUUUAUAACGAUAUACCAAACUUUACACUUACUGCAUCAUUAUUAGUUAUCAAACGACUGUAUAUUAAUCUUUGGUCACUCAAAGCAGUUAAACAACUAUUGAGAAUACUGCCCAGUAUUGAACAAUUGUAUUUAUCACUACUUCGUUUCAAAGACUCCACAAAUUGUCAUCUCAUUGAAGUUCCACCAAAACUAACAAAAUUACAUCUCGAAAUCAACGGAUUUUUCUAUUCGCGAUAUGGACCACGAUCUGACUACAUCCAUCAAUUCCUAAAUGCUUUCAAAGACUGCAUAUAUUCAUUAGAUCUCAUAUUCAUCAACGCACUUCGCGAAUUUUCGAUCUAUAAUCGAUUUCAAAGUCUGACAAAAGACUUCGUUAGACUUCAAUCAUUUCAAUAUUAUUUACAAACUCAGUACCAACCGCAUUUUCCCCAUUUGUUUUCAAAUGUUGAGCAAUUACAAAAUUCGACGUAUAUUCUUUAUACUCUNUUCCUAAAUGCUUUCAAAGACUGCAUAUAUUCAUUAGAUCUCAUAUUCAUCAACGCACUUCGCGAAUUUUCGAUCUAUAAUCGAUUUCAAAGUCUGACAAAAGACUUCGUUAGACUUCAAUCAUUUCAAUAUUAUUUACAAACUCAGUACCAACCGCAUUUUCCCCAUUUGUUUUCAAAUGUUGAGCAAUUACAAAAUUCGACGUAUAUUCUUUAUACUCUUCCACGACUUCAACCAUUCGAUACUGUAUCUAAUCGAACAUCAGUGUAUCAUGACAUGGAUUAUAACCCGAAUCAGACGUUCGUGUAUAAUAAUAAAUGUCCUCUCGUAAGUCAUUAUUUUGGCGAUGGUUCUUUAUUGACACCGACGUUAGAUGAACAGUUUGAACUUGUUAAUGUGCACCAGAUAAAAAUCUGGGGUGUCAGAAAUAUACGAAGUAGUCUGUCUGAGUUGUUCACGAGAGUAAUCAUGAAGUCGUCGAGCCUGACGGAUAUGCACAUCGGCGAACCGGCAAAUGUUUGCAUUCAAAUCCUUCACAACGUCUCAGUCAGGCAGAGAAAGCAAAUUAUCUAUCUAGAUUUGUAUUACUAUAGCUACUUUGAUUGGCGCAAGUCAGUUUCUGUUUUAUCAGACAUGUUACCAAAUUUGAAGAUACUUGGACUUACGCUACGAUCACACCGCAUUCACCUUAAGCGCUUCCACGUCGCUAGUAUUAUUGAAGACCUUCGAAUGUAUUGUCGUACACUGUCGGUGCUUAUGCUGGAACUACGGAAAUCGGAUGAAGAGUUUAAAUCGAACUUCAAGCGCAUCAAAACAGAACUGUAUGAACUGAGCGUACGAACAAUGGAAACUCGACCGUUGUGUUACACAAAAAACGACGACAGUGACAGUCUCUUGAUAUGGCUUUGA